UUUGCUAGAUUAGGCAAUUUACUUUCCCUGAAGGGAGGUUGGUGAUAAAAUCUGCAUCAGGGAAAAAAGAAAAAAAAAAAAACUGUACCAGGAAUAGCUUCUGAGAAAAUAUGGCUGUGGGGAGAAAUAAAAGAGCAGCAGGACUAAAUGACUAUAUUACUGACUGCUUUAAUUAUGUCCGACCAUAUGGUUGAAAAUAACAAAUAUGUGGAAAGUCAGUCCAAAAUUAUCAUCCAUCUCCCAGUCCGGAUCGUCAGCUCCUCCCCCAUGCGCGCGGGGCUUCAUUUGAUCAAAUCCUUCAACUUGGACCACUUUUAACAACACGGCAUUUGAGCAACGCCACAACUUGCGCAGCACUUCCUCUUCCACAUCGGAGCGGCAGUCCACAGCCCGGGAAGGCAGAGAGAAGAGUGGGAGAAAGGACUUCUUGCAUCCUCAGCAUCCUUCACUGCCUCCAGCAAUGGAGAGGGAGGUCAUAUUUUGCCCGAAGUGGCAAAGUGCGUUUUGGUUUGUGAUUUUGAUGAUGCUCUGCGUCUUUGAUGCCGACAACGCUGAGAUAACUUGCAGGUCAUGUCAGCCUGGGAAUAAGUGGCGUGCACAAGAAUUACUGCUGAAAUUCGACACAAGUGAGUCCGCAACAGGAUUAAAGGGAGAAGUUUUUGGACGCGGAGACCGGGCAGGGAGAGCCGCGGCUGCAAGUGCCGAAAGUCGGCGUCUCCGUUGCGCUGCUGGCUCCGCUGAGUGCGCUCCAGACCGGGCGGAACACACGGAGCCGAGGCUGGAACGGAAUACAGACAACCUGCACGUUAAAGGUAAAAUUGGUGCGCGUGAGUUUUCAAAGAUGAAAGUUACCAAUGUACAAACGAGUAGUCAGCAGGAGGGCAGCGCUGGUGAGGGGGUGACUUCUGCCGCCCGGUACAGAAAGCGCACCAGGAGGAACAGUGAUGAUGAGAAAACCAGAUCCCCUGGUUCAGCCCAGAGUCGAGACCCGGGAGAGGGCAUGCGCCCGGCGGCUGGCCGCAGAGUGCCGCGGUGGAGCGGUGAUGAGCGCAGAGCUGCCGCUCCGAGGCACGAGGAGCUCAAACUUAACAGUUCAACGUUCGCCUUGACCGGGGAUUCAUCUCACAAUCAGGCUAUGGUGCACUGGUCCGGCCAUAACAGCAGUGUGAUUUUGAUGCUGACCAAACUAUUUGACUUCAACCUCAACAGUGUGACUGAGAGUUCAUUAUGGAGGUCAACUGACUACGGAGCAACGUACCAGAAGCUGAAUGACAAAGUCGGAGCAAAGACGAUACUCAGUUAUUUGUACGUGAGCCCAAACAACAAGAGAAAGAUCAUGCUGUUGACUGAUCCAGAGGUGGAGAACAGUCUUCUGAUCAGCUCUGAUGAAGGGGCUACCUACCAGAAGUACCGGCUAAGCUUCUACAUCCUCAGUCUGCUAUUUCACCCCGAGCAGGAGGACUGGAUUUUGGCCUACAGUCACGACCAAAAGCUCUACAGCUCGGUGGAGUUUGGGAGGAGGUGGCAGGUGGUGCACGAGAGAGUGGCUCCCAAUCGCUUCUACUGGUCUAAAAUGGGUUUGGACAAAGAGCCAGGCUUAAUUCACCUGGAAACCAGCAUCUCUGAAGGACAGGCGCUGUAUGUCACCUGUAAGCUGCAAAACUGCACAGAUGCCAACAAGGGCAAACCAUUCCCCGGCUACAUUGACCCCAAUUCUCUGGUGGUGCAAGAUGAGUAUGUGUUUGUUCAGGUGUCAGCUGCAGGGAGGCCAAUCUACUAUGUGUCUGCUAAAAGGGAUGUCUUCACACCAAUGAAGCUGCCCAAGUACACACUACCCAAGGACCUCCAUGUGAUUAGCACGGAUGAAAACCGGGUGGUUGCAGCCGUACAGGAGUGGAACCAGAACGAGACCUACAACCUGUACGUUUCGGACACGUCGGGGGUCUACUACACCCUGGCACUGGAGAAUGUGGUCAGCAGCAUGGGCCCUGAAGGCAACGUCAUGAUCGACCUCUAUGAGGUAGCUGGAAUAAAGGGGAUGUUCCUUGCCAACAAAAAGACAGAUAACCAAGUGAAGACAUACAUCACAUACAACAGAGGCAGAGAUUGGAGGUUACUGCAGGCCCCCCGUAAAGACCUGAGGGGUAACAGCAUUCACUGUGUGCUGCCCUACUGUUCAUUACAUCUCCAUCUUCAAGUGUCUGCAAAUCCCUACACAUCUGGAAAUAUAGCCAGCAGGGAGUCAGCCCCGGGGAUCAUCGUCGCAUCAGGCUCCAUCGGCUCGGAGCUGACCAGCACCAAUGUCAGUGUGUUCAUUGCCUCGGACGCAGGAAACACAUGGAGACAGAUCUUCGACGAGGAGUAUGCAGUGCUGUAUCUCGACCAGGGAGGGGCCUUAGUUGCAAUAAGACACACUCCGCUUCCCAUCAGACACCUGUGGUUGAGCUUUGACGAAGGACUGCAGUGGAACAAGUACAGCUUCACCAACACGCCUCUGUUCGUGGACGGGGUGCUGGGAGAGCCUGGGGAGGAGACUCUCAUCAUGACGAUCUUCGGCCACGUCAGUCAUCGAUCGGAGUGGCAGCUGGUGAAAAUCGACUUCCGGUCCAUCUUCAACAGGAGGUGUACAGACGCCGAUUAUCAGACGUGGCACCUUCUCAACCAGGGCGAGCCGUGCCUCAUGGGAGUGAAAAGAAUCUACCGGAAGCUGAAGCCCACGUCCAGGUGCGUUAUGGGAAAAACAUACUCUGUGUCCAUGACGUCGGGCCCCUGUGACUGUACAGAGGCUGACUUUGAAUGUGAUUACGGCUACGAGAGGCGGACCGAUGGCAAGUGCACCCCUGCCUUUUGGUUCCACCCGUCAACAAUGUCCAGGAGUUGCACAACGGGGAUGACUUUCCUUAACAGCACCGGCUACAGGAAAGUGGUCUCUAACAACUGCACGGCUGGAGUGAGCAUGGAGUACACAGCCAGGAGGCAGCAGUGUCCCGUCCAAGCACCCAAAGGUCUCCACCUGGUCACUAGUGAGGGCACGCUUAGCGCCACCCUAGGCACCAACGUCACCUUCCUGCUUUUUCUGGAGGAGGGCGACGGGGCAAGGACAAGCAUCACACUGGACUUCGGAGACGGGCACGCUCUCACCUACUCCAACGUGAGCUCUAUUGAGGACGGCAUCAAACACAUCUACAAAGCUGUGGGAAUCUACCGAGUGACUGCCACCGGGGAGAACAGCCUCGGCUCAGAGACCGUCAUGCUCUACCUGCAUGUAACAUGUCAGCUGGAGUAUAUCCAUCUCUCAGCUCCCUUUGUGGCGGUGAGGAAUAAGGAAGUGAACCUGACUGCUGUUCUUUUGCCCAGCCAAGUGGGAACGGUCACCUACAUCUGGUGGAUUGGAAAUAACACAGAGCAGCCAGUAGUCACCCUGGAGGGAAGUGUGGCGUGCACAUUCUCCCAGGAAGGCAUCAGUACAGUCACUUUACAGGUGUCCGCAGGGAAUACUAUCCUGCAGGACAGAAAAAGCAUCGCUGUCCACGAGUAUUUCCACUCUCAUCUGCUCGCCUUCUCAUCAAACCUGGACGACCACAACCCUGACGUGGCAGAAUGGAGGCUGGACGUGAGCCGGGUCAUCAAGAAGUCUCUGAUCAAGGCCACAGGGGUGCGAGAGGAUCGGCUUCUGGUCACCGUCCUCCCAGGUUUACCCACAGCAGCAGAGUUUUUCCUUCUGCCUGACAAACAGCUGACUGAGGGGAAAGCAGAGAAAAGCUCUGCUCAUUUAGAUCAGCUCUCAGAGGUUUUACUCAACGCCUUAAAUCAAAACCUUGUCCAGUUCACGUUGCGGCCAGGGGUCCAAGUCACCGUGUAUGCAGCGCACUUAUCAGCAGCGCCCCUAGUGGACACCAGUGAGAACCACAGUGGCUCUGCCAUGCUAAUGCUGUUAUCAGUAGUGGUUGUGGGUUUAGCUGUAUUUGUCAUCUACAAAUUCAAGAGGAAGAUCCCAGGCCUCAACGUCUAUGCGCAGAUGCAGAACGAAAAAGAACAAGAAAUGAUGAGUCCAGCUAAUCCAACAGGGGCCACGGCCAGCUCACAGCGGGACUUGGUUCACUCUUUGGAGAUUCUGGACACAGAAUUUAACUCACGGCCCAUAGAAGGGAAAUGGUCCGGUCAAGGGGUGAAAGGCAGCUAAGCAAAAAUAAGAUGUAUGAAACCUCAUGUACAUGUGAAAUUCUCCACAGAACUCCCCACGUACAUUGUCUGAACUCUGGACUGGAUUACCACUUCAGCCUUGUCAUGGAUACAUUUUUUUCACCAUUUGGGACACAAUGGUUUUGAGCUUUAUACCUGUGCAUGUUGGACCCUGCUGACAUACUGUGCUCUGUUGAAACCAGAAGAAACUGUGUUCAGGUUUUAAUUUUCUUUCAACAUACAGUGUGUCUGAUGACUUAAACAUUU